CGCACCCGUGUGGGCCGUGGUCCUGGAUCUGGUAAAGGAAAGACUGCUGGUCGUGGUCAUAAAGGUCAAAAGGCUAGAGCUGGUAAUGGACGUCCUACUCCCUGGUUUGAAGGUGGACAGACACCUCUAGUAAGAAGAAUGCCCAAGCGUGGUUUCUACAACAUUCAUGGAAAAGAAUAUCAAGAAGUAAAUUUGGAUAAACUUCAGCAUUGGAUUGAAACUGGUCGUAUUGAUCCUUCUCAGCCUAUCACCAUGAAGCAUUUGUUAGAUAGCCGCUGUAUACAUAAAAUUGAAGAUGGUGUUAAACUGUUAGGCGUUGGCGCUGAAAACUUUAAUGUUCCUAUUCAAAUUGAAGUAUCCAGAGCAUCACAAAAGGCAAUCGAAGCUAUCGAAAAAGCAGGAGGAAAAGUCGUAACACGCUAUUACAAUGAACUUGGAUUAAGAUCUCUUAUUCACCCAGAGAAAUUUGCACAACUUCCCAAAUUGGCUGCACCACUGAGAAAAGAAGAUAUCAAAUAUUACAGCGAUCCCAAGAACCGUGGAUAUCUCGCUCAAGAAUUAUAA